AUGUUUGAUCACAAUAGUUUAAGUAUUUACUACCAGAAUGUUCGUGGUUUACGUACCAAAACUAACUUAUUUUACAACAGUCUACUUCUCAAUGACUUUGAUAUAAUCUGUUUAAGCGAGACAUGGUUGUUGGACUCCGUUUCUAGCUCUGAACUUUUUGAUUAUCGUUAUACUGUAUAUAGGUGUGAUCGUAGUUAUGAGUCUCGUGGUGAUAAGCUUGGUGGUGGUGUACUUAUUGCUUUGCGUCGCGAGUUUCAGGUUGUUUCUUCGGAGAAUAUUACCUUCCAUAAAUUUUCAGCUGAAACUGUCACUGUUACUAUUCACCUUAAACACUCUCGCCUUUUGAAGAUUUACUGUUGCUAUUUCCCACAUUGCCCAGAACAAGAAGAAUCUGAGGCUUAUUUUUUUGACACAGUUUCUAAUAUGAUUGUCGAUAGACCUAAUGAUGUUUAUUUGAUUGUGGGUGAUUUUAACAUAAGUAAUGGAAUUUGGCUUCAAGUGCAUAAUUAUUCAGAACUAUGUGACUCUUUUCGGGGUUCUCUGGUGGGCACCCUGCACCACUUUCUUUGUUUUUCUGAUUUGAAGCAGUAUAAUACUAUAAAAAACUGUAAUGAGCGUUUAUUAGACCUGGUUCUAUGUAGUACUGAUUGUGUCGUUUCUAGGAGCUCUUAUCCUUUACUCGAUGAAGACAAGUAUCAUCCUGCUUUAGAAAUUAGCCCACUACUGGUUAGACCUAAUAUUUUGCAUUUACCUUCCCGUAUUAUUCGCCUUUAUCACAGGGCUGACUCUGAGGCAAUAAUUAAGUCUCUUGGUGAAAUCGAUUGGAUUAAUCGCUUCCUUAACCUCGAUAUUGAAGCCGCCACUACUUCUUUUUAUGAUACUAUCUUUAAUAUUAUUGAUAAACACAUACCAUCAAAGGUUGUGCAUCAGUCACGUAAGUAUCCUGUUUGGUAUAAUGGGCCUUUGAUAAAGAUAAUUAAGGAAAAAUUAAAAUUUCACAGGAAAUGGAAGACAUAUUGUAGGAUUUCAGACUAUGAUACAUUUGUGCUUUUACGGGAAAGGCAGAGAAAGGUUGAGGUCGACUGUUAUAAUGCUUACAUUGAUAAUGCUGAGAGAGAAAUUAAUCGAAAUAGUAAAUAUUUUUGGUCAUAUAUAAAAUCUAAGAGGGAGGGGUCUAAUGAUCUACCUAAUCGUAUGUUUUUUGGUGAGACUUCAUCAUCUGAUGGCGAAGAGAUUUGUGGCUUGUUUAAUUCGUACUUUCAGUCUGCUUUUGAACCGGAGAUGCGUGUGAAUGGAGUCUUACCCGACAGUCAACCCUGUGUGGACUUAUGUACAAUCGAACUUACUACUUCUAUAGUUGAGAAAUAUCUUAAAAAUCUUAAUGUUGACAAGGGAGUUGGACCGGAUGCUUUACCCCCCCGUUUUCUUAAGCAAUUUUGUGAUGUGCUGGCAUUACCUAUAUUUUUGUUGUUUCGCUUAUCUCUGAACACCGGAUGCUUACCAACUUUAUGGAAAAAAUCCUUUAUAGCCCCUAUAUUGAAAUCCGCAUGGAUUCAUCAAUAA